GGCCCCAGGAGGGUCUAGGGAAGGUAUGGUAACAGACUGUGCUCGUUCGACUUCACUGUCCAGGAAGACAUACAGGAGCUCUUGCCCAUCAGCGCAGGUGGUCGCCACCAUCUCUUUUGCUAUUGCGCGGGUCCUCUGGCCGCUUCCGCUUCUCUCGGGCUCUCAUGAACGAGCCUGUUCUUCGGUUGCAAACAGGCCAGAAAGCUUCAGAGGGUGGGACACAGUGACGCUAGCUGCUGCAUGGGUAUCUUACAUCAAAUAGCGCCACAUAUAUGCCAUCCGACUCGCUGCAUUCUGGUUGAACAUAUGUCCAAGCAUUGAGCAAACACGCUUGAUGUGGGUACGGUUAGCGUUCGCCAUCCUCCAGUUGCAACCCAAGUUCAUCGCGCUCGUGAGCCUCGGCUGGUCAGGGUGUUUGUUCGGGAAAUUUACCCGAGGCCAACCGGGAUUCGUCACUCUUGCCUCAGCCGGACUGACUUCACACAUCCGCUUCCCAUCAGAUGCGCUGUGGCGUCCACGACUCGUCCGGCCUUUUUCCGCGUCCCGACCAGCCCUUUGCCCGCGGAUGGUCAGGCCGCCCAAAGAAGCUGGCCUCUGACUGUGUUCCUGGCAACUACCCCGCAAUACCCCAGAUAUACCCCAGAUGCUUUGCAGGUUUAGCCCGGAAAGAGAGGUUUGGGAUGCACUCCGGCGCACUCGUGAAACUCACCAAGGAAGCAUUCACGUAAGUAUAUAGUCGGGUUCGCUCUGCCUCGUGCGCACACGAUGGUCCCCUUUCCCCCCUCAAGUAUCCGCACCCGUUUCCCGAGGCUCUGAGCGACGCACAUCGCCCUCUCCGUGAGGAUGACCUCUCCUCCAGAAUGGACUGUCAUCGACUUCAUCCACCGAGGCGCAUGGUGGAGGAAUCCCAGCAUACGUGUCCUCAACUUGCUUCUGCUCCUACCCCUCUUUACCGCUUCUAUCAACGGUCUUGACUCUUCCUUGGUGAACGGAUUGCAGAUUCUACCGGCGUGGCAGGACUACUUCGACCAUCCUAAUGGGAGGACCCUGGGUCUUAUUUCCGCUGCCCAGGUUAUCGGCUCUAUAGCGGGUCUCCCGUUCACCCCGCUUUCGGCAGACCAUCUAGGCCGGAAGCCUACGCUCUUUGUCGGUGCGGUCAUAAUGCUCGCCGGUGUGGCUCUUCAGAGCGCAGCAAGGACAAUCGGCAUGUUCAUCGGAGCACGAGGUCUCAUUGGUUUCGGACUCACCUUUGUGCUUGGUGCGGCUCCCCUACUGAUCACCGAGUUGGCCUACCCAACACAGCGCGGUAAGCUCACCUCAAUGUACAACGCUUCGUGGUAUAUCGGUAGCAUCAUCUCGGCAUGGACGUGCUUCGGCGCGUACCAAGGCGCAGGCCACUCAGUUUGGUCCUGGAGAAUACCUACGCUCGUUCAAGCGCUCGGGCCUCUGCUCCAAGUGUCAUUUAUAUGGGCCGUCCCAGAAUCGCCUAGAUUCCUUGUGGCCAAGGGCCGGGAAUCCAAGGCCGCUCGUAUACUCGCACGGUACCACUCGCUCACGCAUGACGAGCAGGAUCCGCUCAUCAUGUUCGAGAUGGCGCAAAUCCGACACGCUCUUAAGCUUGAGAAGGAAACUUCGAAGAGCACAUCAUUCAUCACUCUGUUCUCAACUGUUGGGAACAGGAAACGUAUGCUCAUCAUCAUCGCACUGGCGGUCUUCUCGCAAUGGAGCGGAAACGGUCUCGUUUCCUAUUACAUAAAUCUAGUCUUCGAGGGUGUCGGCAUCAAGGAUGCGGGGACUAAAGCAGCAAUCAACGGAGGACUCCAAGUUUGGAACCUGAUAGCGGCGAUGUCAGGUGCAUUGCUAGUCGACAAACUCGGCCGCAGAACGCUCUUUAUCAUCUCCAACGUUGGCAUGCUUAUCGGUUUCGGUGCAUGGACAUUAACCACCGCUCUUUUCAACACUAUGGACAAUAAAGCGGCAGCCAAAGCUACCAUCCCGUUCAUCUUCAUCUUCUACUUCUUCUAUGAUAUCGCUUACACGCCUAUGCUCAUCGCGUAUACACUGGAGAUUCUACCGUUUAGCAUUCGUGCUAAGGGGUUCGCCGUAAUGAACCUCGCCGUAUCCCUGACGCUCGCGUUCAACCAGUUCGUCAACCCGUGGGCCCUUGACGCCCUUGGGUGGAAAUAUUACCUCGUCUACUGCGGCUGGCUCAUAAUCGAGCUCGUCUUCGUCGUCUGCUAUGUCGUUGAGACGAAGGGCCGGACACUCGAGGAGACCGCCGCACUCUUCGACGGCGAGCAGCAGCCUCAGGUGCUCAUGCAGCAAGGCGGAGAGGCCGCGACGAUGUCACGCAACUUCGCUGCGCGCGGACCAGGAAUCUGGGUGGAGCAGGAGAAGAGCAUCGUUGCGGAUGUCGCGCUCCGCGAGAAUGCCCCGAAACGCGUGAGCGAUCGAAGUUCGGCGUCGACGAGUAUGAGCAGAUACGAUGAGGAGCGUUCGACGCACUCUCACAGUCGGAUUUACGAAGCGAUAUGAACGCUGCUCCUUCAUCUUGCCUCCCACCCUCCACCAGCUGCCACGUUUGUCCCUUAUACCGAGUGCUGGAGUAUUUUGCUAGUCAUGUCAGCUCCACACUCGGUCUUGUCAUACCAUUGUCCCGUCAUACCACGCACGAAAAUACAUGUAUCACUAAAAGC